AUCAAAGCAAGGAAACCUUUGCGUGUUUAGCGGAUCAGCUGUCUGCAUUUUAACACUUUCGCAGUCAUGUAGAAUAUGAUGAGGAUCUCUAGUCAGCUAUUGAGGUCAAGGACAACUCAACCGUUACAGCUCGUUGAAUACUUGGAUUUAUCUAAUCUUGGACUAGUAUCCCUGGAAAGACUCGAACUAUGCCCAAAGCUUCAGACCUUGAUCGUCCGUGGAAAUCGAAUUGAAGCUGUACCCGAUUUGAGAUGCUAUUCGCAACUGUGGAAAAUUGACCUCGCUAACAACGUGGUGAGAAGUUUGGAAGGUUUGUUUUCGGUUGCUGCCUUUGGAACACUGAUCUUAGCUAAUAAUGACCUUGACUGGAUUGAGUUGCAAAAAAUGCGGCAUGUUCAUAUACUUGACCUCAGUCUCCAUGGAAACCACAAACUGGAGAUGGAUGCUUAUUAUAGGAUGCAUGUUAUCGACAUUCUUCCCCUGGUUUGGAUGCUUGAUGGGCGUAUUAUAACUUCUGCAGAACGUGCCCAAGUGGAACAGUUCUUCAAGGAUUCUGCACUUUCUGAUAGACCUGUGAGGCACAAGCUUCCUAAGAACCAGUUUGUUCCAUCAUCAUUAAAAAAUGUCUCAGUGACAGGUGUUUUUGGGCAAAAGAGAGAACACUUGAUGAGAAGAUUCCCUAUAAAAGAAAAACUGAAUGUUGAUCUUGAUAAGCGACGACUUUUGUACCUGGCAUACAGCCUCCAGCAAGAGGUGAACCUUUACGUGAAAAGCAAUAUGAAAGGGAAGGUAAAACCAUCACUGCUUAUAGAAAAUUUAAUCAACUACAGAAAUGAAGACAAAGAAAGGUGUAACAUGCUGUUGCUGAUGUUAGUGGCAUCUCUGGAAUUUGCGAUACCUUCACUGCUUGUUCAGCAAACUCUUGAUAUUACAAGACUUCGAAAAAUAAGAAAUGUUGAUACCAUGGAUGUGUUUAUGCUCCCUCGGGAUGUCAGAUGCAGAGUGAUAUCUUUGCUUCUUGGUGCUGUUAAGAUUGAGCAUGAUCAACACAUAGAUGGUGGAUUGUACAACAGGCUGUACCUGUGCCUUUAUGAUCUUGUUGCUGAUCUGGUCAGACUCGCUAAUGGAGACAGUAUAGCUAAAUACCAAGCAACACGGCGAAGGCUGGAUUCAAGGAAAGCUGGUUACAGAUGCUUGUUGGCAUCAGAAGUGGUUCAGCUUCUCUGUAUUGUACCUGUCUUCUUUGACUUCAUUGGAAAAGACCCUGGUGUUUUGGACUUGAUAAUUGUAGCCACCAAAGAUGAGAUGAUUGGUGAGAGGAUUAGGUCACUGAGCUGGAAAAUGCAGUCUGCGGGGGGAGGAAUAAACAGAGUGUCCAGAGAAGUUGCCGAGUAUCUCCUGGAACGUGUGAAACAGGCUAAUGCAACUUUGUCAGGAAAAAAGGGCACAGACCAUGGAAGGCUUAUAAAAGCUGAGCAACAAAUGCGCAGUGCAGAGCCAAGUUAUGUCAUAAGUUCAAAACGGCUUUUGAAGACAAGCCAUGAGAGACCUCAGUCUUGUAUAGGAUUAAUCUGGUCAAAACUAGAGAGGUACAACAUGCCCAGUGGGUCAAAAAACAGAGCCAUGUCUGCUGUUGGUGUUAAAACAAGCCAAAAGGCAGGUUUAAUGAGAAAAAGGAUCAAGUCAGCUGGGAGAAAACCUGUACUUGGUGACAGGGUAGAGGUUGGCCAUCAGGCAUAUGGGCGCCUUGUAGCUAUUCCAGAGUCAGACAUGGGCUUGGUUCAGUUGGAGACUAUAGCAGCUCCCAAGUUCCAGCAGGCAGACUAUCCUAUCAGUUAUCUGGAUCAGCAGUUCCUGUAUGUGGGCUUUGCUGAUAUCAACUGGGAUUGUGCAUCAGAGACAUGGAGACAGUCUUAUUCAAAAGGUUUCAUGGAAAGUGUUGGUCGAAAAGGAUCAAGAGGAACAACACUUGAAGGAUGUCACAACAGGGAAGAAGUUGCACAAUUUCUAUCAGAUGCUAUCAGACAGAAUCUCCAACUCAGAGUUGAUCUAUCAGCGGCUCACAAUACUGAUACUAUAUCAGACAUUGGCGAACCUGUAGCAACAGGAGAGACUGUAAUCACAGAUCAUGUGAGAUCAAUUGUAAGAGAGUGCUUGCAAGAAGCAGAUGUAAAGUGGACAAGCUCUUAUCAACCUGAUAUUAAUGACAAUCAUAUGUAUGAUACAACAGGAAAUGAUGAGCAGCCUUUGGAGGAGAAUGCUGACAACUUGUCCAUCCCUGUUGUUGCGUCAGAGGUGACGGCUCAUGCUGAUUCAGAAUCUAACAAAGAUUGUGAAGUGUUAGAUGACAAUACUGAGGUGAACAGAAGAGAAAGUGAAGAAAAUUUACUCCUAAUGAAGGAUGAAUGCCAUGGCAUUGCUUUAGAUGAUCUUGGCUCAGAAAGUGCACAGUACUUUCCUGUCAGUUCCAAAGAAAUAGAGGAAAUGGUCUCUUACGCAAGCUCAGAAAGUGCACAGUACUUUCCUGUCGUUUCCAGAGGAUCAGAGGAAAUGAUCUCUCACACAGAACAUGCCAGAAUAAAUGCAUGGAAGACACCUGAAGUAAUCAAAAAGGCUACUGAGAAAGGAGUACCUUCUAGGGUGGGGGGUGCUACAACAAAGUUGAAUUCCAGUUCAGCAGCCUACCCUCCCCCACAGCGACCCUCGUCUCCGACCCAACUAAAAGCCAUUCCAAUUAAACAGGCAGACAGAUGGUUAGCAGGGGGUCGGGAUGUUAGCUGCACCUCUGCCAAACAUAUAUCUGUUCCUCCACCAGGUUGGAUGGAAGGGUUGGAAGAAAGAAGACCCCAAGUCUUCUCCAGCUAUGAGAGUAGGCAAACCCCAAGUUCAGCUACCUUCUGGACAACACUCUCUGGACCAACAACAGGGCGACCUUUGGGAAGAAGUGGACAGUUCUUAAUGAGAGGAUCUUCAGCUUCUCGUAGACAGUAUCAGUUUCAACCUACUCGUGUUUUUAUACAAAGGAGAUGAUGAAAGGUUACAGUCAUUUGACCAUGUCUACGUCUGCUUACACCUCAUUACAUUUCCAUUGAUAUCAUUU